GAAAUUGAAUUAACAACAUUGAUAAAUGAUCAUAUAAUAUUUCAAAAACACUUAAUUUAUUUUAAAAAAACAUUUUACAUUGUUCGUAAUUUAAGAAAUAAAAGUGAGUCCUCCCCUCCUAGACCCUCAAUCCAAACACACUCUUAGAUAAUACCAGCCUCUUUCUAUUUUUAAAUAGCAAUGAAAAUUCUAAGAAAAUGGGACAUCCACCGUAGGUGUAAACUAGUUUUACACUGACUUUCAUUGAUAACAGCAGUUUGCGGUUAUUUUGAAAUUGCAGUUAUAAAAUGAGUUUACGAGACAAUAUCACAAGUUUUUAUUGAAAGUUGGUUUAAAACUAAUUUACACCAACAUAACAUCUUCAUUAAGCCUAUUGAUUAGUUCCGAAAGAAUAACAAAGUAAAAACUGUGGUAAUAUUAUGUUUUUGCUAUUCUUUGGUGCAUCUUGUUAGAAUGCAUCCCACAGUCUUUUAAAUUUAGCUUUUGCAUCAUAUUAGUCCUUUAUGUUUUUUAUUUUAUUUUGGUCCUUCAAAUCAUACAACGUUUGCACCUUUAGCCUUCUUUAUACAAGUUAUGUUGUAUGGUUCUGUUUAUUAUCUCUCCAUUUAGGAGGUAUCUUUUUCUUCCAGUGAUUUUUCUACGUUCUGUUGAGCUUUUCUAAUGUGAGAAUUCAAAUUGUUAUGCUACUAUGUCUUAGAAAGCAACUAUAAGCAGCUUAAGAAGUAUGUUUGGUUCCACUUAGCAGGAGCCUAAGUUAAUUCUCGAGGUGUAGAAUUAAUUCUAAUUUUUGACAUAUUUGAGUGUUCUCUAGUAAAAUUGACUGUCUUUAGAAUAGAUUCUAACUUGAAACUAGAGUUCGAAAUUUUUCCAUGUAUAUUUGAUUAUUAAUUUUAAAGAAAUUGCUCAACUCAUUUUUACAUUAAUGUAUUCAAAUCUAAAUUACUUUAAAGUUUAAAUUCAGCUCACUUUUAGGUGGAAUAUAUUUUUAUCACCAUAAAACCAAAAAGAUACAAAAGAAAUGAGCCAUGUAGAGUACUUAUUCACCAAAAUGAAGCGGACUAUAUUGAAGGGAGAUAUGGCAUGGUGAAACCAAGUGACUAAAUAAUAAAUUGGUUACAGACAUAGUUUGCUACAAGGAAAAAUCUAAUAUUUUAUUUGUAGACUAAAGUCCAAAAAUUUUUAAAGACCCUAGGCUGUCCCCAACUAUUUAUAACGCUCAUGAGGCCUUUCAGGAGGACCAGAACUUUCUUCUGAUCACUAUAUCUGCCUCAACAUUGUUUGCUUUGCCCCUCUAAUUGUAGGAGAAAACCCAUAUGAUUCACCUACCUUCUGAAUUCUAUUUACAAAACUAAAGUUGAUGCCAAACAACAUAUAGAUGAGAGGUCAACCCUCUUUAAAGUAAGAAUUAUAACAAAAGGAAUGGAAUUAGAUAGCCUAGUGAAACAACUAAACACCUCUAGAGCAAAAGACUUGAUGAACCCAAAAAACCAACACUGUGUUGUGAAUGAUGGUGUCUCUGUUGGUCAAAAUUUAUCAAAAAUUGGCAAAGUUGUUGAUGCUCAACAUGCACAAAAACGAUCCACACAACCCCAAGAGUAUAAAAAACAGGUUAGAAGGAGACUCCACACUGUUAAACCUUAUCAAGAAAGGCUACUGAAUAUGGCAGAGGCAAGGAGAGAGAUUGUCACCGCCUUGAAAUUUCACAGGGCAUCUAUGAAAGAAGCAAGUGAGCAGCAGAAGCAGCAGCAACAAGAAGCUCAAGAACAGCAGCAAAGACAGUCACCAUCCCCUCAGCCUUCACAACACCAAAGUUUUGAUCAAGAUGGAAGAUAUAAGUCUAGGAGAAACCCUAGAAUUUAUCCAUCAUGCACAACCAAAACCAAUUCUUCAAGUUACUUGAAUGAUUUUUCCUAUCCAUAUUUAUCUCAUAUUCCUCCUUCAGUUCCAAAUUCUCACACUUGGCCUGCUGCUUCACCAAUUAAUCCACCACCCCUUUUGGCUGAAAACCCCAAUUUCAUUCUUCCAAAUCAGACUUUGGGACUGAACCUCAAUUUUCAUGAUUUCAAUAACUUAGAAUUUACCGUUCACCUUAAUAACUCGUCCUCUACAUCCUCUUACUCAUCUGGAACCUCGUCUUCUGCUUCACAGGAUGUUCCUUCUGUUGGAACAUUACAGGCAGAGGGGUUUUCUAUUGAUUCACAUGCUGCAACUCAUGUUACCGGAGGCUUACAUACUGUCAUGGAUGAUGAGGCUAUGGCAGAGAUCAGAUCUUUAGGUAAUCAAUAUCAAAUGGAAUGGAAUGACACUAUGAAUUUGGUUAAAUCAGCUUGUUGGGUCAAGUACUUAAAGCAUAUGGAACAUGGAGCACCUGAAGCCAAGGGUGAAAAUGAUGCAUACCGUGAUUUUGACCAACCUCUGGAGUUUCCAGCUUGGUUGAAUGCAAAUGAAAGCAGCCUAGAGCUCUGCUCGGAGGAUAAUUUCCAAGAUUCUACUUUACCUUGCAUGGACAUCGGAGAUAUUGAUGGUAUGGAUGACGAUUGGUUAGCGUGACAAAGGCAAAGAUCGAUUAUUUUGGUUACAGUCAAGCUUUGCUACUCAUUUUUAUUUUUACAUUUGUGGGGGUACUGACCCCAUUAUAAUUCCCUUACCCCACUUUUCUACUUCUUUUUGUAUAAUAAAUAAGGCGGCUUGCAAAUAUCAGUAGAGAGAGGCAGGCAUCAUCAGUAUAUGAGUGAUGAAUAUUUUUGCUCCCAUUACUCCUUUUUCCACAAUUUCAUUUAAGUUGUAAUAUUGAACAAUACCAAAUAUAUUUUUGUAAUUCUCUUCAAUCAAAUGCCAUGAGUGUUUUCUA